CAGGAAACAUAUGGCCCAGGGCAGCGCCUCUGAUUUGAGUACACCUGUUCUUAUAAUGAGCCCGGCAGCAGAUAUUAACUCCACUGCAACGCAGGCUCCGUGAAGCGAGGGAUGGGCUGCAGCGAGCGUCUCCGGCUGCUGAUCUCUCUCGCCUGCGUUUGGGGGAUGUGCCGCGGGGCCAGGGAGACGGUGCUGGGCACCCUGGGGAAGGCGACGAGAUUGCGGAUCCCUCCGGAUCUCCGUAACCUCACCCAGCACUUCGGGGCAGCCGUCUGGAAGCGGGACACGGAGGACCCGCAGAGGAAGCUGGUCCUGCUCAAGUACCUGGACGGCAACUACACCAACUACAUGCCGGGACGAGCUCGCUUCCACAUGGUGGACUUCUCCCUGGAGAUCCUGAACACCAGCCGGGAGGACAGGCAGCUCCACGAGUACAUCGUCAGCAACGGGCCGGAGGAGAAAGUCUGGCAGAUCCAGCUGGAGGUGUACGAACCGGUGUCCCAUGCCAGCAUCCAGGUCCUCGGCCGGGCCUCGGCCAACGGCAGCUGCACCAUCACCCUCAACUGCACGGCGGAGCGAGGGGACAACGUCUCCUACAGCUGGGGCAGCUGGGACACCAGCACCCGGGGACUCUGCUCCCACAAUGGCAGCCUCCUGCACCUCUCCUACCCCCUGCAGAACACCAGCAUCGCCUGCGCCUGCACGGCCAGCAACCCCGUCAGCCGCCGGGUCGUCACCUUCAACUCCUCCAAGUGCAGCUACGAGCAAGGGGACGGCGCCGGGCUGAGGACAGAGCAUCUCGUGCUGCUGGUGGUGGUCCCCGUCGCCGCCGUGGUGAUGCUCACCGGAGGCUUCAUGGCUGCCCAUUUGCCCAUGGCCGUUGCCGUCCGGGAGCAGCAGCACCCGCCGCUGGUUGAGGAAAACGCGGUGCACACCAUCUACUCCCAAGUGCAGCGGGUGGAGAAGCAGAAAGUGGCCCCCGCCGCCGAGCACCCCUCCUGCACCACCAUCUACGCUGCAGCCACCGGCUUGCCCCCGGACACGGCCCCGUCCCCCCGCGCAGCCCCCCGGCCCCCCCGCAGCCCCCCGACAGAGCCCCCCAGCCAGCAGGGCCACCCGUCCCUCUCACAGAGCCCCGACAAGGAGCCCACGACGGUUUAUGCCAGCGUGAUGAUGCCCGUGGCCUGAGCAUCUCCGGCACCCCCUCUUGCUCGUUGGGCACCCGCCUCCACCUUCCCGGCUGGAAAACACCCAGCUCAUCCCUGGGGAAUUGGGGGGAAAACGCCUCCGGCAUGGGCUGACCCCCCCCCCCACCGCAGCCGAGCUGGGGCUGCCCCGAUGGCUGCGGGAUGGCGGGGCUGAAGCAAGGCAAGGACCUCCCCGUACCGCGGCGAAGGGCGGCCGGGAAGAUGCUGGAGCACCGGGAAAGGGCAGGGGGGCUCUGGAUACGACUCUGCAGGGAGCAUCGGCGCCUCGGGAGGGAAGGCACCGCGGAACAGCACUGGGAAGCGUGGCCGCAGCCGGUUUGCGCCCCAAACUCAUCCCUGCCCCAUGGAUUUUCACCCCACGGCCUCAUCCUCCGGCCCCGGCUUCACUAGAGGGAGCCCCCGGCUCGUGGCAGCCGGUGACACCAGUGACACCGCAGCGUGGCGGG